AUGCAUUCCUUUGCAAUUCUAAGCAUUCUUUCACUCUUCCUGGUGGCCCAAAAUGCCCAAGCUGGUACCCUUAGCUUUGGAUCCCUAAUGGGGGAUGUGUCCCAAGUGGCAGUCGCUGGGGAGAAGGUCAUCCAUCAACUGGAAAACGCAGUGGCCCAAUCCCAAUCGGAUUUCGUCGAGCCAACCACUUUGAAUAUCCUCAGCGAUAUGGGAAACGCCUUGGGCAAUCUGGCUAACGCUAUUACCAGUUUGAGAGUCGAGAAUGAUUAUAUGCAACCCGAGGCCACCAAUCUUUUGGGCGAUGUUCUGGGUGGAGUUGGCACCGGACUUGGUGAUUUGGCUAACGCCAUCACCAGUCUCAGUGUCCAGAUGAAAACCGGUCCCCAGGCUCGAAGUCUUUCGUCGGAUGGCGCUUCCAUCAUAGCCGAAGGAGGAGCCGUGAGUGCCAAGAAAAUCGCCGCUGCUGCCGAUGCCGCUGCCCCCUAUAUAAAGCAGCUCAAUGCUGGCCUAGGCGAUCUGGCCAAUGCCCUUACCAGCCUCUAAAGAACUUUCGAGCUGUUCAAUUAACAAAUAAAUAUUCAAUCGCUUAAACAACUUA